AUGUCCUGCGAGAAAACCGUGUGUGGUGAUCCCUGCUCGCUGAACUGCCCCGACCCUCGGGCCACCGCCUGCAACGAGCCCUGCGUGGUGGCCUGUCCCGACUCGCGGGUCAUCAUCUUCCCGCCACCCGUGGUCGUCACCUUCCCGGGGCCCAUCCUCACCACGUACCCGCAGGAGACCGUGGUGGGCUCCACCGAGUCGGCCGAGCUUGCUGGGGCGCUGGAGGCGGGCGUGGCCAUUGGCACGGGCCAGAAGGGCCUGGAUUGCCUGGAUUCCUGCUGCGUGCCGCAGUUCGUGGCCAAAUGUGACCCCCCGUGUGUCACCCAGUGCGCCCCGCCCUGUGUCGCUCCGUGCGCCGCCCCGUGCGCCGCCCCGUGUGCCACCAAGUGUGUCCAGCCCUGUGCCCCGCCCUGUCCCCCACCUUGUCCCCCACCCUGUGCCCCACCCUGUGCCCCGCCCUGUGCCACGCCCUGUGCCACCAAGUGCGCCCCGCCGUGCCCCGCGCCCUGCCCCGCGCCCUGCGCCACCACCCCCUGUGCCACCAAGUGCGUGACCAAGUGUGUCCCCACCUGCACCACGCCCUGCGCCACGCCCUGCGCCACGCCCUGUGCCACGCCCUGUGCCACCAAGUGCGCCCCUGAGCGCUCCUACACCUUCUCCACCCGCUGGAAGCACCCGUGCCAGAGGGGCCUCUGCAAGAAGAUCUGA